AGGGUUGCGGUUGCGCCAGUGUCGCGCAAAUCUCUAUCGACCGGGCACGCGUGUAUGUUCAUGUAGAGGCGGGCUUGUUUUGCACGACAGAAAUCAGUUUUUAAAUUAAUAAAUUGAAAAAAAAAAACUACAUGGUAAGAAUUGUGCAUUUUGUAAAAUGAGGAAGUUUUUUUAACAGCCGGUGUUUAUAAGAACGCAACAAUACAAGUUUACAGUGAAGUUUAUCUUUACGAUAAGUUUUAUUUUUUUAAUUUGCAACCACGAUAUUUGCAUAUGCUGCAUACUUCCAUGCAUCAAAAACAUUGUAUGGAGUGCAUAUAUGUAGGAGGGCGAUCUAAAAGUUUUCCCACGAAGGACUUCACCCUCGUGAGGAAAUCAUCAACACUUUAUCUUUGGCUGUAAUUCUAACCCGAUAGCAAAAUGCAGUUCAUUCGCGCUUUCUUCAAACGGAUCACAGAUGACCUCAAGCAGAAAAAAUUAAUACCGCUAAAAAUAUUGUUUUUUGUGCACGCCUCCACUUUAUUCGUAUUAUACCCGUAUUUGACUAUUCAUAUGCGGGAGCUGGGUAUUAAUGUGGAAGAGACGGCCAUCAUGUCAGCCGUGACCCCAGUCAUCUCAAUAGUAAUGCCGCCGCUCGCUGGCAUGGUCGCUGAUAAAAUCGGAAAUUUUAGGUUACUCCUAGCUCUGUCCUCGGGGUUGGGUGGAGUGUCAGCACUGUUACUGCUGGCGGUGCCCGUUGGACGUAUUGUUAUUACAUUUCCUACAUCUGUAGACCUACUCGCCUCUUGCGAUGGAUCUGCACUACAUUUACAACAAGUACGCGACUAUCCUUGUCAGCCUCUCCAUCCAUACGCGUAUGACAUUAAUCUUACGGUUUUAUCAUGCGGAUUUGUUUGUAAAUUGCCAUCUGAAGCUACAGUACAAGAAAUAGACACUAUUGUCCAUGCGAACUCAUACGACGUGCAUUUUAAAUCACAAUAUGAGUCACAGCGUCUUGUGUAUCGCAAUACGAUUUCGACAUCGUUAACUCACAGAGAGAGACCAAUGAAAGAUCAUAGCACUUCGCGUGUCCUUACAAAUGAUCCUUAUUUUAAUUCCACGGCAUCAAAAGUAGGCGAUAAAAACAUAUUUUUUCCCGUUCCUCAACUGUACGAAAUAGAUUGCUCAUACGCAGGGUCGAAUGCAACGUGUAAAUUUGAAAAGGAGGAUUUCAUAAACGAUUCUAUUGAAGAGACCAAAGAGAAGCUAUUUCGUGUUAGGAUCUCACCCAAUGUUCAAAAAGAUUCGAAUGAAGUUCGAAAUUAUUGGGUCAACGCUGUAUCCUCAAGUAAUACGUCACAAUCGGAUGAAGACUAUGACGGUAUUGAUACCACAUCUUGUAAGGAUACUUUUACUCAGGAUCUCGGAGAAUCGAUAUGGGUGAAAGCAGGUUCACAACGUCUGACGGAGUGUAUAGCGGCUUGUGCGGCCUCAGCUCCCAGAAAGAGUCUGUGUGAUAACCGACAGCAGCAGUUAGAACUCGACCCUUCGUUUACCUUCUGGACUUACUUAGCUGUUCGUGUGUUUAUUGGUAUCAUCGGUGGGACAGCGUUCGCUAUGUUCGAAGGCGCUGUUAUUGCAAUCGUAAGGGAUCAGAGAGCGGACUAUGGCCUCCAAAGACUCUACGGUAGCAUUGGCGGUAUGAUCUCCUCGCCUCUCUCCGGAUUACUCAUCGACUAUGCGAGUAGGGGCAAGGGUUAUACGGACUUCAGACCAGCUUUUUAUUUGUAUGCAGUUUUGAAAGUUGUUUCUGGUGUUUUGAUGUUGAGUAUCGACCUUGAAUUUAAACAACCCGCACAGAAUCUCCUAGAAGAUGUUAUAUCAGUAUUUCGUAAUGUUGAAAUCGUGGCAUUGUUUAUAGCAUGCUUUAUUAUGGGCACUGCGUGGGGCUACAUCGAGAGUUUCCUAUUCUGGUUGCUCCAAGAUCUUGGCGCAUCCCGCUCUCUGAUGGGUAUCACGAUAACAGUGGGAGGAAUCGCUGGCUUGCCUCUACUCGUACUUUCUGGACCAAUUAUCAACAAACUUGGACAUGCCAAUGUUCUAUUUAUUGGUUUUGUUUUCUACGCAAUCAGGCUUAUGGGUUACUCGCUAAUCUACAACCCGUGGCUAUGCUUAAUCUUUGAGGCACUAGAAUCUGUGACGUCAUCUCUAUCUUUCACGGCAGCUGUGACGUAUGCGGCGAGACUUUCUUCCACCACAACGGAUACGUCCGUUCAAGGGUUAUUGGGAGGACUGUACUAUGGAGUCGGUAAAGGUUCUGGCAGUUUAAUAGGCGGUUAUUUGAUGAAGUUUUUCGGAACAAGACCUACGUAUCAACUCUUCGCUGCAGCAACUUUUAUUACCGGUUGCUUCUAUUAUCUUUUUAAUAAAUUUUACAUAGGAAAGAGUGCUAUGGGUGAUGAAAACGAUAUAUGCAAAAAGAAACCAACGACUGUAGACGUUGAAAAUCAAGAUGCCAUAAAUAAGGAUACAGAGAAAGCUAACACGCCACUAGAUGUCGUUAGUAAGUCUGAUGUCAAUAAGAACUCGGUUACUGAAGUACCUAAAGCAUUAAAUCCACAAGUCAAACUACCAUCCGACAGUGCAGAUGGCAGCAGCGACUCUGGAUUUGAUAAUCCAGCAUAUAACGAAAAUGAUAAUGUUACUUCUGCCAAUGACACGAAAAAGGACGAAAAAUAAUGUUUAGAUAGAUGUUUGGUGAUAAAUAGUUUAUUUAUA